AUGGCCCUUGCAACGGGUGAAACUCAGCAGGUGCAGCGGCCGCAACAAUCUAUCGAAGCUGCUCAGCAAAGGGCCGGAGUGCCAGCUGAGAGAGUGCUAUCCCUCUUCGAACGAGUCAUAACGACAAACGCGCCCAUAUUCGAGUCUCUCCUCCUCCAAAUUCCGACCGACACGAUUUUCGCUCUCUAUCAUACCUCAUCAUAUCUUCGGAAGUUUCUCCAAUCGUAUCCCACUGCGUGGAAGUCGCUUUCUUUUCGAUUACUAUGUCCAACGGGCACCGUUUCCAACCGGGUGAUUAUCCCGGGUAUCUCAGAACCAGAAACUCAGCGUCAAUCGCGACCAUAUGCGCUGGAUCAGCUCCUACUGAACGUUGUGGUACCUUUCAGUCGAUGUCUUCGGAGUCUGGAGCUGGAUAACACAGCCGUCUCGGGCCAGAUCCUCAUAUCGACUGUGUUGCACGCGCAGAGGGAGACUCUGGAACACUUGUCGGUCCGGGGUUGCAAAAACGUGUCGCUCAAGUACCACAUCAUACCUUACUUGACAAUGUUCGGGUUGCAGUAUGAUAUCGAUAUGGAGAGAAGCGUCGGGAGCUCCUCGGGCACGAAACGGCUUGCGCUCAAGAGUCUUUAUGCCUACCGUUGCCGACACCACCGACGUCGGCCCUAUCUAUCGGCGUCGCUUCUUCGCAAGGAUUCGGACUCGGAACCAACACAUGACCUAGUGAAUCUCUGUCACAAGCUAGGUAUCUGGACGGAUACUGCUUGGUGUACGACGCCCGCGGGGAGAUGUUUCCGGCGACGAGGCUAUGUGUCAAUGCGUGUCCCACAGGGUUCACCGGAAGUAUGGGUUGUUUUCGACCGGCUCUGGCGAAGUAAGAAUUGGAUUGGGCGCAUCGACGCCAAGUUAACACCAUCCCAGGCCUUUGAUGGGAAGUUAUGGGAGAAUCGCGAGACUGGGUGCUGCGGCGAGGCUCUGGGUACUGGCGACGGACCUGAGCUGGGGGAAGGGAAAAUGACACCCGCGCACCUGCGCCAGAGUCAUAAACAAUUCAUACAAAACGUGAAGUGUGACAAUUGCUUCACUGAGAUUUCAGAGCGGUGCGAACAGUGCAGUAUCCUCAUGCACUGUGUCGGGUGCCGUCGUACAUUGUGCGCGAGCUGUGCCUAUGAGCGCCCAUAUCUCCCACGAGGACACUCGAGGGCAGGUGCCUCUGAUAAUGUCGGCAGUCAUGAGCUUUCUUCUUCGCACUCCUUGUGGUGGGCUCCAGGGGCAACGCACUCACCGAGUUCGAUGCAGGAUCCAAUGUCAGAUCCACUCGAGGUCAAUGAUAAUGUUCACGCAGCGGCGCAAGCAGUGCAACCGGCCCUCAAGUUUCACUGGUGCUGUACGGAGCCGAUCUUCUCAGGAGGUGGAGGGAUCAGUAUCGGAUCACCCAGCCGAGACAUAGAUCAAGUACGGGCUGUUCCUCUGCCUCGCGGUCAAGGUUGGGAGGACCUUGAAUAUACUGUCAGCGAGUGGAGCAAGACUUUUCCCAAGUACGCCUAUGGAGACCCCACCAAACCAGACUAUUCAUUGGAAACAGGUCACCUCGCCAUGAUGAAGUGGUUACUCGGGCCACCGAACCGACAUGUUUCCCCUUGUCCACGCAACCUGUGCCAAGAUUGCUACGACUCGCCGCAAUGGAAAGUCCACUGCAAGAGUUGUUCCAAGCCGCUCUGCAUUGAGCAUGACCUUCGUGGGCUGAGACUUCGCAUUUGCGGCUACAGAGACCUUGCGUUCGAGAAAAUGACCAUCCAAAACCGACAAGGACAACGCGUAAUGCCGGAUUCAUCUCUGAAUGAUCAGCUUCAAGGCUACGAUCUUCCCUUCCGGACACAUCGGGGGAACGACUCGACAAACAGUAGCUUUAUCGACGAUCUGCAUGACGAUGCAGCCACAAAUGACGCACCAGUCGCUGUGCCAGCUGAGCGAGGUGGUCGUAGCAGCAGCGGGACUGUUCAUCCACUCUACGCCCGUAGCCAUACUCGCUCACUCUCCGCUCCAUCUGCUCCGCCAUCUAACCAUUCUGGGUCAUCUUCUCCGACCUCUGUGUCCUCGGAAUCCCCCUUCGAGGCGCACCGGUGGCAGGGAUGUCAGUCUUUUUUCUGUCCUCAAGUUCGGGCGCUGGGAGAUCAGCGUCAGCGAUGUCCGAGCUAUCUGCGCGAGUGUAAAGCCUGUGCAGUGUACGUAUGCCAGGACUGUGUUCAAGCGUAUCCUCCGUGCAAGUGCUCCUAUUGCGAGGAAAACUAUCUCUGCCCAAACUGCAUGAAAUUGCGGGCUCGUGAUGGAACAUGUCGCCGUCGCGACGAGGAGAAGGCCCGAAGGGAGCGAAAAUGGAAGAAGGACAUGCAGGUCCUUGAAAGUAUCCUGGAACUUAAGGUUGCCAAUGAAGUUGCCGAAUAUGCAGGUCAAUUCUUCGGCUCUGUUGACGACCUUGACGACUCUGUCACUCGUUUACCUGCUCACGACGACAAUGUGGCUGAGGGUAUCGUGCUUGGUGACCUAGAUGCUCCCUCCUCGGGUUUGCCUACUGGUCUGGCUUCGAGCACGGUCUUUUUCGCCGACAGUUCUGUUGGCGCGCAGGAUGAAUCGGACACAAAUCGUGAUCUCUGA